AUGGAGGACGAGGGCACAUUUCCAGUGAGGACAAACCUGGGUGAUGUCGAACAUAUGGGCGAGAUCGAAUCUUGGGGUUAUGAAGGCGACAAUAAGGAUUUUGACUGUACUUGGGUUUCAUUCAUCAAAAGCAACGCCCACAGAAAUCACUUAGCGGCGCGAGCGCCCGUCGACUCUGUUCAAAGUUCAAAUUUUCCGACCCUGUUACUAAUGAGCCAAUACCACGAAAGACAAUGUACCAGCAAACAAUCCACUGUCUUCUACUCAAGUACUACUACAAGUCGCCUGCUCGUCGCCAAAGCGGUUCGCUCGACGCAACGUUCUAGACUCGGAACUACCCGGUCCCGAAGUUUGUGGGAAACCAUCACACGAAGUUUAUCGUUUCGACAGGACCCUCUCUGCUCCAGAGUGAUGACGCUCACUGAAGCUGCCAAACGCCCAAUAGCGUUAGAAGCCCCUUGCGUUGGAUCCACAUACCUUGAUAGUUACUUCACAAAGAACUGGUCAUCUGCCUCACAACACGUGAUCACCACUAUAUCUCAUACACUUAUUGGUCCCUCGCACGAGCCCUCCACGUUCACUCCUAUCUCUGGUGAGAAUCAGGGGUGGGACCGUGGUGAUUAUGCGUCUUUCCCCUCCCGUGAUAUAUCCAUCCCGCGAUACUUGCACCACCUUAACAGAUACGUAACUGACUUUGAACCUUUAACCUACAAGGUUGCCAAGCGCCUGCCUGUCAUGGCCGUAAUUUGCUACUCCUGGGCCCUGGAUUUGAAUGGGAACCUUUCGACAAAGCGUAGCAUCAGCAAAGCAGCUUGCAGCUUCCAACAGUCGCAGAAAAACAGAUUCAGGACGUUUUCGUUGUACUCUGUGCUCGCAAAGUCUCACUGCAAAGCACAACCUGCGGACGCCAUCGUCGAGUGUGUAAAAAUGCAAAGGUGUAGCAGGAUUGAUCCCAGAGGUCAUACAACCGCACGGGCACAGCAUAUCAUCAACCCGGCACUGGGCGUGGCAGCCACGCUUGUUGCGCAUCCGGUAACCGCUCCGACUUACAUAUCUGAAAACACUGAUUCCGUCGAGAAGGUUUGUACUCCAUUCAGAAUUGAUCUGGUGCCUCGACGUUGCUGUUGUGCAAAGUUCACCGACAUUCAGUUCCGAAGGUCAUUCACCUACGUCAACCGCCUUACACAAGUGGAAUUCACAACGGCAACAUUCAAAGGGCUGGAUGAUGACGUGGCUGGAUAG